ACAAAAUGGAUUCCUACAGAUAGAGCUUACCGUAUUUAUAAUUUAUAGUGAGUGGACUGUUAAUGAGAGGAAAAUGGAUAACAUUAAAGUUGCCAUUCGUGUCCGCCCGCUGAUUGGAAGGGAGAGUGGUAUGGUAAACCACUGGAUCGUACAGGACAAUACACUCAAGCCAACAGAUGCAGUUGGAAAGCAAGGGACAUCUUAUACGUUUGAUCGUAUAUUUGAUGAGCUCAUGACAACCUAUGAUGUCUUUGAUGAAGUUUGUAAACCAAUCAUUGCCGGAGCUGUGCAGGGAUUUAAUGGAACAAUAUUUGCCUAUGGCCAGAGUUCCUCUGGAAAGACAUUCACCAUGUCUGGGGGUGCCAUGCAGAAGGGAAUCAUCACACUCUCUGUGGAGGAAAUAUUUGCCACAAUAGAAGCUUCACAUCACCGGGAGUUCCUGAUACGUGUGGCUUACAUGGAGAUCUACAACGAGAAAGUGACUGACCUUCUGUCCACAGAGGAAAAGGUGAUCAAGAUACAGGAGGAUCAAGAAAAGAACAUCCAGGUAACUGGAGUGAAAGAGGAGCUUGUCAGUAACAGUGGGGAUGUCCUGGCCAUUAUCCAGAAAGGCGACAACCGACGUCAUAUGGCAGAAACCAAACAAAACGAUCGCAGCUCUAGGUCACACUGUAUCAUACGUAUUAUCAUUGAGAGCCGAGAGAAUGGGGAUGAACAAGCAGUCAUGGUCGCUCAUCUUAACUUUGUAGAUCUAGCUGGUUCAGAAAAAGCAGGAGAAAACUCGGGUGAUCGUCUCCGUGAGGGAUGCUCCAUCAACAAGAGUCUGCUGAUACUCGGACAAGUCAUAUCUAAACUCAGCGAUGGAGUCAGCAACCAACAUAUAAGUUAUCGUGACUCAAAGCUUACCAGGAUAUUACAAGUGUCAUUAGGAGGGAACUCCAAAACAGCCAUCAUUGCUACCAUCACGCCAGCUUCUCUGGAUGAAUCUCACAGCACACUCAGGUUUGCAUCACAAGCCAAAAAAAUUAAGAACAAAGCCAUGGUCAAUGAGGUUCUGUCAGAGGCAGCCAUGCUCAAACAGUACCAGAAAGAGAUCCACCACCAGCAGCAGUUAAACGAGCUUGGGAAAAUUGAAAACCAGGAUUUGAAGAAAAGUCUUGAACAGAUGGAGGCACAGAUAAACAACCUGAAGAAAUUUGUAAUCCAGUCUGGCCCCACAAAAGGUCAAGUCAAGAGAAAGAGAAGAGAGACGUGGUGUCCAGGCAAAAACAAGAGAAUGAGCAUUUUCAGGCCCUCGGCUUCCUUCGCAGUUGAAGAGGAUAUUUUUCUGUCCGAGAUGCCGCCAAUGGAUGAUCUUCCUGAAUCUCUCACCAAUGAUGAAGAUGUCCCAAUGGGGCCUACCAAUGUAACAACAAGGAAGCGGUCAUUAGAGCAAAUCAAAUCACAAGAAAAAAGGUCAACGAUAAACAGGAGUCCUGAUGCCAAGACCAAGCAAAUAAUGGAACUAGAAGACAAAUAUGAAACUCUGCUGAAGGAACAUGCCCGACUCCAGACCGAGUUUAACGAUAUGUCAACCUUCCAUAGCCUUGAGAGAGAAACACUGGAGGAAAACAUUGCUACACUGCAGGGUGUAAGUUCUGUGUUAAGCUUUACA